AAAUCUACGGACCUACUUCAUAUAACUCGAAACAACAAUCAUGGGUGUCAAGGACGUUCUCUCUCGCAAGACCGGUGUCAUUGUCGGUGACGAUGUGCUGAAGCUCUUCAACUACGCACAGGAACACAAGUUCGCCAUCCCCGCCGUUAACGUUACCUCUUCCUCCACCGUCGUUGCUACCCUCGAAGCUGCCCGUGAUGCCGGUGCACCUAUUAUCCUCCAAAUGUCCCAAGGCGGUGCCGCAUACUUCGCAGGAAAGGGUGUCGACAAUAAGAACCAGGAGGCUUCGAUUGCCGGUGCAAUUGCUGGUGCCAACUACAUCCGCUCAGUCGCCCCCGCCUACGGUAUCCCUGUUGUCCUGCACACCGACCAUUGCGCCAAGAAGCUUUUGCCGUGGUUGGAUGGCAUGCUUGAUGCGGACGAGAAGUAUUUCAAGGAGCACGGCGAGCCUCUCUUCUCCAGCCACAUGAUCGAUCUCAGCGAGGAGGCUGUCGACGAGAAUAUUAGCACUACUGCCAAGUACCUGAAGCGCGCUGCCCCAAUGAAGCAAUGGCUCGAGAUGGAGAUCGGUAUCACCGGUGGUGAGGAGGAUGGAGUUAACAACGAGGAUGUUGACAACAACUCCCUUUAUACCCAACCCGAGGAUAUCCUGGCUAUCUACAAGGCCUUGUCUCCUAUCUCGCCAUUCUUCUCUAUUGCUGCUGGUUUCGGAAAUGUCCACGGUGUUUACAAGCCUGGAAAUGUCAAGCUUCACCCUGAGCUCCUUGGCAAGCACCAAAAGUACGUCAAGGAUGCCAUUGGAGCCAAGGAGGACAAGCCAGUUUUCUUGGUCUUCCACGGAGGAUCUGGAUCAUCGAAGCAAGAGUACCUGACGGCCAUCAGUUAUGGUGUUGUCAAGGUUAACCUCGAUACCGACUUACAAUACGCUUACCUGACGGGUAUCCGUGACUACGUUCUCAAGAAGAAGGACUACAUCAUGUCUCAAAUUGGCAACCCAGAUGGCGAGGAUAAGCCAAACAAGAAGUACUUCGAUCCUCGUGUCUGGGUUCGUGAAGGUGAGAAGACCAUGUCCGCGCGUGUUACUGAGGGUCUUAAGGACUUCAACACUGCUGGACAAUUGUAAACGGCCUGCGAUCGCUCCACUGUUCCGUGAUUUGAUUGUUUCUUUUGGUGCUGUUACAUCGGGAUGGGUUGGUAGGGAGAGUGAGAUACGUACAUAGCCUAGGAUGACACAGGUUAGACGAAUGCAAUCCAAAAUUGUAAC